AUGCUACGUGUACAAAUAUCUAUUGCUUUAGUAUGGAUUGUUUCAUUUCUAAUUGCUGUACCAUUAAUUUUUGGUUUAAAUGUAAAUCCAUAUCAUGAUCCAACUAUUUGUCAAUCAUUCAAUGCUCUAUACAUUAUUUGUUCCUCAUUAGGAUCAUUCUAUUUACCGGCUAUUAUAUUGAUUGUAGUCUAUCAACGUAUAUUUGCUUUGAUUAAACAACGACAUAAAUCGUUACGAUUGAAUCAAUCGACAAAUCAUCAGUCUCUGCCAUCAAUGAAACAAUCACAGUUAAAACAACAACAACACCAACACCAACAACAAUCAAAACCACAUGAUGAACAACAAGAAUUGUCUACUAUUCAAUUGCCUGACAGUAUUUGUUUAAAUGAUGAUCAAACUACGUGUAAAUUAAAUAGUCGAACAACUACCACAAUAAUUAAUCUAAAUGAUGAAAUUAGUUUAUCAGAAACACAAUCUUCUUCAAAAAAUAUUAUAGAAUCGACAAAUACACAAAGUAAAGAACAUGUACAAUCCACAAGUGAAUCAACUGGAAUUAAAUGUCCAUGUACGCCAUCGGAAUUUGAAUUGUUCAAUGAAUCACAUGAGAAUUCAUCAGAUAUGAAUUUUGAAGGACCACGUUUUGAUAUACCACCACCAAAUUUAAAUAACUCGGAUCGAUUAGUUAUAGCAAUGACUCAUCCUCUUCCAACUGAUUAUCUCAAUUCAACCAAUCAGAUUGAGACCACAAAUUUAAAUGCAGAUAACUAUUUGAUGAAUCAUAACUUGAACGCAUUAUCUACAUCUGAAACAGAUUUGAAUGCAUUGAAAUCUUUUGAGUCACCAAAACAUAUUGUAAACAAUUCAAAUCAAGUAACACUAACAUCACCACAUACGAAAGAUGAUGAUGAUGAUGACGAUGAUAAUAAUAAUAAUAAUAACAAUAAUAAUAAUAAUAAUAAUAGUAAUAAUUUCGAUGAUGAAUCUGGGACUAUAUUUCAAUGUGGCAAUCAUUGUUAUGUAUCACCUAAAAGAAGUUUGUCUUAUAAAUAUUCUGAAGAUGAAAAAUCAUUGACAGAACAGCAACAGAUAACUCACAAUUCUUCAGUGAUACAACAAGAAGUAGAAGUUUGUAAUUCAGUAGGCCAUUCUAAACCUUGUAUAUCAUCACUUCAAAAGCUUAGUUCACAUUCACCAAAUAAAAUUACUGCUAAGUGUUAUCCAAAUAAUCUACCAUAUUCACAAAGAUCUCCUUGUCACCAUCAUAUCCCAUUGACAUCAACUAUUAAAAAUUUAUUCGCAUUUUCUUGGAUUUUUUCUUGUUUAAAUAGUUCACAUGUCUACAGUAGUUCGUCAUCAAGUGACUCUGAAUAUUCUUGGCCACCUGUCAGUGAAUGUCCUGGACAAAGCUCAGAAGAGAUUACAGAUUAUAGUUUUAAAUCAAUGAAAGAUCGCUUUUUCAAGAAUUACACAUGUAAAACAAUCAGUGACAGUGGUGAGGAAGAAGAUGAUAAUGGUGAUUAUGAUGAAGAUGACGACGAUGAAAAUGAUGAUGAGGAAGAUGCUGGUAAAAUGGAUGAAUUAGUUUCAUGUAAAUUUUGUCGGGAUGAAUUAAAGUCAGGUUCACUGUAUCAAUCUAGUUCGGAUCAAUCUUAUGAAUGUAUGAAAUGUCAACCCACUACUAUAUUGCAAUACACUUGUAAGCCUUCAAAUCGAAAUGGAUUUAUCAAGCUGAAAAAUCAUACAAAAAUGACUUAUUUUAAUGGUAAUGGGUUUGUCAAUAACAGUAAUGAAACAGCUGAGAACAAAAAACUUCAUAACACCAAAACUGUAAAAACAAACAAGUUAAACUCAACUCAUAAGAACAAAUUGCAAUUUAAAACUUCCCUCUGUAAAUAUCUAUUCCGGUUCAAUGAUCGAUUCAAACAAAAUAUACAAAAGUUUACUCUAUUUUUUAAACCAUUUCACAUUAAAAUAGGAAAUACAAAUCAACAAAACAAUCAGAAUGAUAAAAAUGUUGCAAAUAAUUCAAUUGUACCUAUUGACUUAGAUUUGAGUAGUGGAAAAUCAGCACAGAAAACAUUUAAUAAUCAUAGUCCAAAAUAUACUUCAUUAAAAAGUAAAAAUCUUCUUUCACAGAAAGAGAAAAAAGCAACUAAAACACUAGCCAUUGUAUUAGGUGUAUUUCUAGCUUGUUGGUUACCAUUUUUCUCAAUCAAUAUUGGUUUAGGUUUAUGCAUUUAUUUAGGACCAGAUCAAUAUGGUAUUUGUGAUUUGGCUGGCAAAUUAAUGUCAUCAUGUACAUGGCUUGGUUAUAUUAAUUCUGCAUUGAAUCCAAUUAUUUAUACAAUAUUCAAUAUGGAAUUUCGUAUAGCAUUUCAAAAACUUUUACAUAUCAAAUAA